AUGACAGAAUCGUCCACGGCCUUUGCAGAGACCCACUGGAUGGCAUCGAACGUGGACCCAGACGAAGUCUACGUGUUCCGAGUGACGGCUCGCAACGGCUACGGAAGCAGCGACCCGAGCCGAGACAGUCGGAAGUUCUCCGUGAACGUGGCCAUCCCGGAGUCUUCGGGCCACCACGCCGUUGUCCUCGGCGUCGUCAUCUCCGUUCUCCUCGCCCUCAUGAUCCUCGCCACCGCGAUCUUCUUCUAUUUGUUCAAGAGGAAAGAGGCGGAGAAGAAGAUGCUAAACCACGAGCUCAUGCAUCGAGACAUGGAGCUGGCAACGCUACCGGAAUUGCCCCGAGAUGGGAAUUUCAUUCAGGCCACGAAUGCUAUCUAUCUGGGCUCAGAUCCUCCAACGGACGAAGAAAUCGCUCUGUUGCCGCGAAUCGCCAAAGAAGACAUCACUCUCACUCACUUCCUCGGCAGUGGUGCCUUCGGCGAGGUCUACGAGGGUGUUGCAAGGAACGUUCAGGGUUUCGGUCCCCAACUAAUCAAGGUUGCCAUAAAGCAAUCAGCAACAAUGGAAGAUCUGUCAGAAGAGGACGAUAAUACUGGAUCCAGUGAACCUAAUGGCCACGACCUGAUGAUUCAGUGCUGGAGGUACGACCCAUCGGGUCGACCGUCGUUCGAGCACUGCUUGAACCAGUUGAAAGCGGCGAACCACAAGUUGGCUCAACACCCGGAGCAGCACGAGCAGAUCGGCUCGAGACCUGUUCAUGGCAAUGCCGUCCAUAAUCGCAACUACCUCGCCUCCACGUCCACUCCUCCAGGUCCAGGGUUCCAGAACCCCGCCUACGACGAGGAGGAUUCCUGGCCCCUUCAUUCAGGGGAUUCCUUACUGUCAACAGUGAGCAAUGUGAGCAACAAUGAUCGGACGCAGUUGCUACCUGAUUCCGAUCCAACUACGCCGACGACGACCGAGAUCCCAAAAUACUUGGACCUGGUCAGUGAAUCUGAAUCCACUGACGGCUACGAAGUUCCCAACCGUGCACGCGGGUCCCAUCCGAACCUGUCCCGCGUUCCAUCGGACACGGAACCACGGGCCUGCAGUCUCGGCAUUCGGACCAAUCCGCUAUACGGACCGUAUUCCCGCUUGGACCGCAAUUGCAACCUUAGGACUUGCAGUAGUGCGCUUCCGCCGUACGCAAAUGUGAGGAAGGCCAGAUCUAUAGAAGCCAGCGAAUCUUUGUGCUGACUGCAACCUACAGUGCUCCAACGUUGAUAUUUUUAUGUUGUCUCUUUUGGCUGAACGUGCCAUUGCAUGUGCGUGUUUGUGUUUUUACAAAUGCCAUAAAUAUUUGUUACCAG